GCGGACGCGGGGGCGGGGCCAGCGGCGCGGGAGGUGCAGGUGCCGGGCCGGGAGCGAGCGGCGGCGGCGGCGGCGGCGGCGGCGGCGGCGGCGGCGGCACCAUGGGCCGGGCCCGGCGCUUCCAGUGGCCGCUGCUGCUGCUGUGGGCGGCCGCGGCGGGGCCAGGGACCGGGCAGGAGGUGCAGACAGAGAACGUGACGGUGGCCGAGGGGGGCGUGGCCGAGAUCACCUGCCGGCUGCACCAGUAUGACGGCUCCAUCGUGGUGAUCCAGAACCCCGCGCGGCAGACCCUUUUCUUCAACGGCACGCGAGCGCUGAAGGACGAGCGGUUCCAGCUGGAGGAGUUCUCCCCGAGGCGAGUGCGCAUCCGCCUCUCGGACGCCCGCCUGGAGGACGAGGGCGGCUACUUCUGCCAGCUCUACACGGAGGACACGCACCACCAGAUCGCCACGCUCACCGUGCUGGUGGCUCCGGAGAACCCCGUGGUGGAGGUCCGGGAGCAGGCGGUGGAGGGCGGCGAGGUGGAGCUCAGCUGUCUGGUCCCUCGCUCGCGCCCCGCAGCGGUCCUGCGCUGGUACCGAGACCGCAAGGAGCUGAAAGGCGUGAGCAGCGGCCAGGAGAACGGCAAGGUGUGGAGCGUGGCGAGCACCGUGCGCUUCCGUGUGGACCGCAAGGACGACGGCGGCAUCGUGGUCUGCGAGGCGCAGAACCAGGCGCUGCCCUCGGGGCACAGCAAGCAGACGCAGUACGUGCUGGACGUGCAGUACUCGCCCACGGCGCGCAUCCACGCCUCUCAAGCUGUGGUCAGGGAGGGAGACACUCUGGUGCUGACGUGCGCUGUCACGGGGAACCCCAGGCCCAGCCAGAUCCGCUGGAACCGUGGGAAUGAGUCCCUGCCGGAGAGGGCGGAGGCGGCGGGCGAGACGCUCACGCUGCCCGGCCUGGUGUCUGCAGACAACGGCACCUACACCUGCGAGGCGGCGAACAAGCACGGCCACGCGAGGGCGCUCUACGUGCUCGUGGUCUACGACCCCGGCGCGGUGGUGGAGGCGCAGACCUCGGUUCCCUACGCCAUCGUGGGCGGCAUCCUGGCGCUGCUGGUGUUCCUGAUCAUCUGUGUGCUGGUGGGCAUGGUCUGGUGCUCCGUCCGGCAGAAGGGCUCCUACCUGACCCACGAGGCCAGCGGCCUGGACGAGCAGGGAGAGGCCAGAGAAGCCUUCCUCAACGGCAGCGACGGCCACAAGCGGAAAGAAGAGUUCUUCAUCUGACCCCACCCACUGCCAGCCGCGGAGCCAGCGGAGACCCGACCAGAGCCCGACGCCGGCCUCCCCACUCAACACCUCGGGCCGGGGCGUGGCCAGGGGACGGGCGCCCGGGCCUCUCCGAGGCCGGGGUCCCCAGGACACAGGGGCUGCAAGCCCUCCUCGACCGAGUCCAAGGACGGGUACUAGGGAUUUGGGUUGGGGGAAGGCCAGACCCCAGGCUACAGAACCAGGCCCUGUGGGGAGGGGUCAGAUUCUGGGAAGGGUGGGGUGGGCGGGGAAGGGAAACACAGAUUUCUUUGGGGUCUCGGACCCCGUGCCAGCCAUUGUAAGAGUUCCACAGAGCUCUGGGCACCUCUUUGCAAAGCCAUGUUUGCACGGUGGGGGGAGGGGCGGGGAGGGCGUGGAAUGGGAAUUCUGUGUCUUUGUGUGAACACUCUGAGGGGCAGUGAGGGAGACACCCCAACCCUUAUCCAGCGCCCCUCCCCUGGGUUCCUGGGGGCUCCCCUUCCCUCCAUCUUCCCGUCUCUCCUCCAGGCCCCAGGGAGGGGGAAAGGAUUUUGGAGGGAAUUGUGGUCUCUAUGGUUUUAUAUAUAAUAUAUUAAAAAAAUCAAAAAUCUGUAUGAAAAAUAUCAGAUUGCACCCCUCUCCCCCAGUCCUGGCUUUUGCCCCUUUUUCUUGUUUAAAAAAAAAACAAAAAAAACAGAAGAAAACACAUUUUUGUACGGGGCGGGGAAGGGUUGGGAGGGGUUGGCAAUCCACUAACCACGAUUAAACCGAGGAGAGAAGCGCGA